AUGCCACCUUACACAAUAGACAGCCCCGCGAAGAAGCAGAGCAAAUGGUCGGCAGAAGAGGACGCAUUGAUCAUCGAGCUGCGAGGCAGCGGCAUGAAAUGGGAAGACAUCUCGAAACGGCUACCCGGACGCAGUGCCAUCAGCUGCAGACUACAUUACCAGAACUAUCUCGAACGGCGGAGCGAGUGGGACGAAGAGAGGAAGAACAAGCUAGCAAGGCUCUACGAAAGAUUCAAACCCGACAUGUGGGCGAAAGUGGCUGAAGAGAUGCAAGUGCCCUGGCGUGCAGCAGAGGCCAUGCAUUGGCAACUAGGAGAGGCUGACAUGGCGCGGCGGGCAGGUGUUACUCCUUUCUCCCUGACGGCAACCACUGUCGAAACAUCCACUCCUGGACACCACCACCAGUCGCCGUCUCAGAUGUCCUACCAGCAACAUCCGCUAGCCAUCGCUCAUCACCACUCACAGGGCGGUUUCCGAACAGACACGGGCAGUGCCGGGGGUAGCAUCAGCAGCGGUGCGCUCUCACCUCGGUAUGGACGCGGUAGCGGUAGCAACCCUUCAAUACCCUUACCGCCACCUCCACCCAUGUCCAUGCAUGCCGACCGCCUUGUCACUGGCCUCGGAGGGAGCAGCAGCAGCUCGGGUCGCGGCUUUGGGUCGUCUGGGCGGCGCGAACGAGGCGGCACACCAGUCCGUGGUGGUGGUUCGUUUGGCGGCGGGCCAUCUGAUCCUGCCAAUGCCAUGUAUCAUUACCACCAACACCAUCCACAACAACAACAACAACAUGCGGGUCCCGGACUGCCGCCGAUUCAAACAGGUGUUGGACCGCCCCCUUUGCAGCAACAAGAACGAUCAGGCGGCAGCGGCACGUUGCCCAGUUUUGCGGAGAUUACGACUGGGGUCAGCCCAUACAGCACGCCAGCCUAUUCCCUUGGAGCCAGCCCUGCUCCAAGCAAUACGGACAGCCCCGGGCCAGGCUCUGGUCAUGGCUUGUCCGGUUAUACGACAGGAGGCUAUUGGGCUGGCCCAGGCCCGGAGCCUCCGACGUCCGCUGGGGCUGCUGGGAAGCGCCGUGCUAGUCCCAACUUUGAGCCACGCGAUCACCGCAGACGAUACCUCCAGUCGCCCCGGUACGACGAUGGCCGGGGUGGGGGUCCCCCUGACAGUGGCAUUCACAGAGGGUGA